CAACCAUCCAUUCACCGUCCCCGCCAUGGAUGGUUGCGUUGUAGUGUGAGUGUACAGAGACGGCAAUGGGCAAAACGUGCUAAAGUAGAAAUGUAUCGAGAAUGGUAGUAAAGUAAGAAACGGUUCCAUGCUUAGUGAGAGAACGAAACCGAACGAACUUCUCUACGAACUGAACUGGAAACGCUGGACGAUGUGAUAAAAUCUAUUUGUACUAAAAUUUGUGCUAACUUCAUGUACGCGUAGAAACCAUAAGAAAGCUGUAAAGAGGUAGAAUGAAAGAAAGAAAAAGCCUGCGCGCACCGCAUCCGCAUCCGGGAUUUAACGUAACCCAAAACGAAAUGACAGCGAAUGUCCUUUUUGUACUUUUUCGACGUAACAUAGGCUGGAUAUUGGAUAUUUGAAAUAGCGAAACUACGAUUUCGUAUGUACAUAACCAUGGAAAGGGCAGCUUAGGGGAAAAAGGGAGUGAAGAAAGGACGAAAGAGAGAGAGUGUGUGUGUGUGUUUGAAACAUAUAUAAUUGAAAUGAUGUUUUAUUCCGCAGUGUAGUGUGGCGUAUAUUUUAAACUGCGCAAUGUAAUUGGGUAGAAUAUUGCAAGCUCAACUAGCGAAACGUUAUCCGAAACUGUACUGUUCAUUUAAAGAGCAUGAGUUAAAAUCACCAACAGUGGACAUUUCCAAUUGAUACACGCUAAUGUCAUUACUAUUACUAAUGCGUUCAACUAGAGCUAAGCCCAAACCAGAUUCGUUUGGAUUGCAUAGACCGCCACUCUUCAGCCUUGGAAGGUUGAACGGGAACGAUGGUUCUGAUCUCUUGAUGAUGCUUCCAUUACUUGAGUCUAUUCGUGUUUUUAUCACUUAUAAUUCUGCUUGCCCUUGGACCGCAGCACAUCGGUGGUAGUAAGCAUGAACAGGUGAUUGAAACUGAUCGACUUGGUUGAUCAUGUUUGUACUAAAAAUGGCACGUGCGGUAAAACACUGCUUCUAAGAAUAUGCGACAUCGCUAAAUUAUCGCUUUCAUUGGAGUAAGGGCAUUGUGGUAAGUGGUAAAUAUAGUAACUAGAUGUAAGGUAAACAGAUAGAUGGAGAGAUUAAAAAUCUCUAACAAAUACUUAUAUUAAAGAAAAGGGAAGACUACUAGGCGGGCUAGGAUCACCACCACCAAUUUAGAUAAGCGACCAGUGCGAACGUGUGUGUGAUCGAAUCGCGGUCGAUGACAGUACCUUUAGGAUCAUUAACUUACGUCACGUUCCAAGCCUGUGGCCAUGGCGACGCAAAUGGCGCAGAAUUUGUCCCGCAAAGCAUCUUGACGUGAGCCCAUACGCCUGAAACUGCUGUGUCCUGAUCUAGGCUAAAAUGAUUGAUUGCACGAAGGUGUGUGAACACACUAAAGCGUUUAUUUUACUAAACCAAAUAAAACUCUACCAAUGCGUGAUACAACUAAUAAAUUGAAGGAAAUAAGCGGGACGGUAGUGUAAUUAUAAAACGGUCGUAAACAUAUUACUAUUAAACCAUACUCUCUCUCUCACACAAACACACAAACAUCUCAGCCAAGAUGCAGCAUCCUGUGUAACUCUCGGAAGGUCAUGCAGACGCAACUGUAUAAGAAAAUCAAUUCUAUUCAACUAUAGUCAUUUAAAUUGUAUUUAAACAAAAAUGAUACGUCAGCUUGCUUUCGAAGUGCUAUAGUGCAUGUGGUACAGUUUUUUUGUGAAAGUAAAGGUAGUACGAAACAAAUGCGCGGACACAUUUUCCUGUAGGGACCCCGUAAGCAAUCUUAACCGUCAUCGUGUGCAGACAACUGAGUGUGGGUUUUUGGGCUUACAACAAGUGCCGGAAGAAUGUGAACGAAUGAGAGUCAAAAUUAAAAAAAAAAAGGAAACAGGCAAAAGGGAAAAUGGGAUUGAAUGUGAACAUCGAUAUCGUGUAAUUGAGACAGGUGAGAUCAGGCGGUGAUGUAGGUCGGUAAUAAAUUGAGAACUGUGAGGCAAUGAAUGAAAUACGAUGAAAAGAUCUGGUAUUCAAGCAUAGGAGGAAAAUAAUAAAAGUGCCCAUGAACGGGGUUUAACGCUACAA